AUGGCGGAGACGGGGCAUAAGAUAGGCCGCACUCGCGCAUCGGCCGCCCGUAUGGCCAAAGCAGAUACCCUUGCCGCCAGCAUGGACAGGAAACCCAUUUCCCCGCCGGCGUCCAACUCGCCGCCCCCAAGCCAUGGGAUCAAGUCCAAGUCGACACAGAGCAAGACUCGCUCUACCAGACAGCGCUCCAGACCUGGUUCUGAGCCGGUAAACCCAGAUGCCUUGGCUCGAGCGCUGCAGGACUUUGAAGAUGCCGGCCUCCAGCGUGAAAGAACUCCGGGCAGUAGCCCUAGCCGGAAACGACAAAGGGUUUAUGGUGAUAGGUUUAUUCCCAACCGUGAGGGGCAAGACCUACAGGCCGGAUUCAGCCUGCUUCAUGAAGAUGGAUGUCCAUCAACACCUUCAAAAACAAAGAAAAAGUCAACACACGGCGAAAUCCAUUCACAAAAAACAGAGGAAGCCAACCGAACAUACUCCAGAGUACUACGCAAUGAGUUCUUUGGCUCUACAAUACCCCAGCCUGAUAUACAUUCUCUCUCCCCUAACCCACUUCCCAGACGCUCGAGUGCCUCUCGGGAUUUCGCCUCUAAUACCCCCCAGUCACAUAAGCUUGCUAUGUCUCUACCCCCCGCCAGCAUAACCCCUUCAACCCCUAGCAAGAACCUGCUUUCCUAUACAUCCCCUCGAAACGCAUCCGGAAACCCUACCCCUUCUCGAACACCCCGCAGCCAGCAUGGCCCUAAUUUUGAUGCCCGCUCCGAACUGUACAGCCUUUCUCCCAUACGGUUUGACAGUCAACAAAUUCUCCAGAGCCUCCGAAAACAACCCAGAUAUGUGAACAAAGUACCCUUUAAGGUCCUAGAUGCUCCCGACCUCACCGACGAUUUCUAUCUAAACCUGGUAGACUGGGGUAGCAGUAAUAUACUGGGAGUUGGUCUUGGAUCUGCUGUCUACAUGUGGGAUUCUAUCAAUGGCCAAGUCACCAAACUGUGUCAAUUAGACGAUGAUACAGUGACCAGUGUUAAUUGGAUCCAACGGGGAACCCAUCUUGCCAUUGGGACUGGUAAAGGACUUGUACAGAUUUGGGAUGCGGAGCAUUGCCGUCGGCUACGGACAAUGACAGGACAUACUCUCCGUGUUGGAGCUCUAGCUUGGAAUGAUCAUAUUCUCACAUCAGGAUCUCGUGAUCGGCUAAUAUUCCACCGAGAUGUUCGUUCCCCUGACCAGUAUCUUCGCCGACUUGCUGGGCAUAAACAAGAGGUUUGUGGCCUGAAGUGGAACACGGAUGACGGUCAACUUGCAUCUGGCGGCAACGACAAUAAACUGAUAGUUUGGGAUAAACUAAACGAAGCACCCUUGUACCGAUUCACAGACCAUACCGCUGCCGUCAAGGCGAUUGCGUGGUCUCCUCAUCAGCAUUCUCUCUUAGCCUCCGGAGGAGGUACGGCAGACCGUACAAUAAAGUUCUGGAACACAUCAACAGGCUCUUUGAUAAAAGAAGUCGAUACCGGAAGCCAGGUCUGCAAUCUAGCAUGGUCCAAAAAUUCUGAUGAGAUCGUCAGCACCCAUGGUUACAGCCAGAAUCAGAUUGUGGUUUGGAAAUACCCACGAAUGGAACAGGUCGUCUCACUCACUGGGCAUACUUUCCGAGUCCUCUACCUCGCCAUGAGCCCCGAUGGCCAGACAGUCGUUACUGGCGCCGGUGAUGAGACUCUGCGGUUUUGGAAGAUAUUCAAUAAGAAGGGCCUCAAACAGCAGGACCGUGAAAGCAAACUGGCUAGCUACACGACUAUACGGUAG